CUCGACUUUGUUUCUAGCCGGACGUAUUUUGAAUCAACAAUAAACAUGGCAGCCCCCGCUAGACGAUCAUGGCUUCAAUAUUUAUUGCAUCUUGCUCAAGAUAACUUGGAGUUCAGGUUACCGGAAAUCAAGGCACUGCUGGCUCUCAGAGGAAAACCUUUCAGUCCUGGGUUGAACUUUAAAGAAAAGUGUCCUUUCUGGUGUCUGGAUGAUUUGACAGAGGACGAUAUCUGCUGCGUCAUGGCCCGAUCUGUUUGUGCAAAGUCUGCGUUUGAGCUAUGGGGCCAUGGACCAAACCACAGUGAGCUCAGAACAUCCUUACUGAGCUACCCAGAACAGAACAUGUUGCCAUUCUUGCACAAAGACUCAACAUACAGAAUAAAUGUUUAUACCUUCAAUAAAACCUUGGACUUCACAGAAAGAAUUAAACGAAUUGAUGCAAUGGAUUACCUGCCAUUUCAGGGUGUUGUAAAUCUAAAGAACCCUCAGCACAUCUUCUGCUUACUGGAAGAUUAUGGCACUGACCCAAACAACAUCCCUGAGCAUCCAGAUUACAUUUAUUUUGGCCGAUGGAUAGCGGAUGGUCAGCGUGAAUUGAUUCGUUCUCACAGUGUGAAGAACAGACACUUUAUUGGAAACACCAGUAUGGAUGCCGGCCUCUCCUUCAUCAUGGCCAACCAUGCCAAGGUCAAAAAGCAUGAUCUUGUCUUUGACCCAUUUGUUGGCACUGGAAGCCUGUUGGUUGCUUGUUCUCAUUUUGGAGCGUACGUGUGUGGAUCGGAUAUUGAUUACAACACUAUUCAUGGCAAAGGAAGGUCAAGCCGCAAAGAUCAGACGUGGCGAGGACCUGAUGAGAACAUCCGUGCCAACCUGCGACAGUAUGGAACAGAGAAGAUGUACGUGGAUGUGAUGGUGUCUGAUGCAUCCAAGCCUGUUUGGAGGGACGUCGCUCUCUUUGAUGCCGUCAUUACCGAUCCUCCAUAUGGUAUACGUGAGUCCACAAGAAGAACAGGCUCCCAAAAAGAAACUACAAAACCUGCAGAUGGCAUCUAUGCCGAGUCGCAUGUGGCCGUAUCCCAGUCCUACCACCUGAGUGAAAUAUUAGCUGACAUGCUAAACUUCUCUGCACAUCGCCUGGUCAUGGGAGGGAGGCUGGUCUACUGGCUGCCCGUUUAUAGGCCAGAAUACUGUGAGGAAAUGGUUCCCCUCCACCCAUGUCUGCGGCUCAUUAGCAACUGUGAACAGAUGCUAUCAAGCCACACGUCCCGUCGCCUGAUCACCAUGGAGAAGGUCAAAGAACCAGAGAGCACAGUGUCCUCCACAAUCCUUAAAUGGAAGACGUUUGGGACGACCAGAACCCUUCCUAGAGCUGGCUGUCUGUCCAAACUGAGCAAUCGGGGGUGAAGAGCCUUGGUAAGAGAGAUAAAGAAGAACCCAAACAUCACUGUGGCUGAGCUCCAGAGAUGCAGUUGGGAGAUGGGAGAAAGUUCUAGAAAGUCAACCAUCACUGCAGCCCCCCACCAGUCUGCUUUAUGGCCCGACGGAAGCCUCUCCUCAGUGCAAGACACACGAAAGCCCGCAUGGAAUUUGCUAAAAAAACACCUGAAGGACUCCAAGAUGGUGAGAAAUAAGAUUAUCUGGCUGAUGAGACCAAGAUAGAACUUUUUGGCCUUAAUUCUACGCGGCAUGUGUGGAGAAAACCAGGCUCUGCUCAUCACCUGUCCAAUACAGUCCCAACAGUGAAGCAUGGUGGUGGCAGCAUCAUGCUGUGGGGGUGUUUUUCAGUUGCAGGGACAGCACGACUGGUUGAAAUCAAAGGAAAGAUGAAUGCGGCCAAGUACAGGGAUAUCCUGCACGAAAACCUUCUCCAGAGUGCCCAGGACCUCAUACUGGGGCCAAGGUUCACCUUCCAACAAGACAAUGACCUUAACACACAGCUAACAUAACGAAGGUGUGGCUUCAGAACAACUCCGUGACUGUUCUUGAAUAGCCCAGCCAGAGCCCUGACUUAAACCCAAUUGAGCAUCUCUGGUGAGACCUGAAAAUGGCUGUCCACCAACGUUCAUCAUCGAACCUGACAGAACUGGAGAGGAUCUGCAAGGAGGAAUGGCAAAGGAUCCCCAAAUCCAGGUGUGAAAAACUUGCAUCAUUCCCAAAAAGACUCAUGGCUGUAUUAGCUCAAAAGGGUGCUUCUACUAAAUACUGAUCAAAGGGUCUGAAUACUUAUGGCUGUGUGAUAUUUCAGUUUUUCUUUUUUAAUAAAUCUGCAAAAAUUUCAACAAUUCCGUUUUUUUCUGUCAAUAUGGGGUGCUGUGUGUAAAUUAAUGAGGAAAAUAUUUAACUUAAAUGAUUUUAACAAAUGGCUGCAAUAUAACAAAGAGUGAAAGAUUUAAGGGGGUCUGAAUACUGUAUACUUUCCGUCCACACUGUGUGUAUAUAUAUAUAUAUAUAUAUGUAUGUAUAUAUAUGUGUGUGUAUAUAUAUAUAUAUAUAUGUGUGUAUAUAUAUAUAUAUUUAUAUAUAUAUAUGCAUAUGUGUUAUUUUUUCCUACCCUCCAAUGUUGCUCGGGAGCCAAAUAAAUGCUAAAAAUAAAUGUAGAUGUGACAAACGUAAAUGUGUUGGGAUAUGUAGUUUUUUUAUGUAAGAUCACAACCCAUUGACAGCGCCACAAAGGAGCAUUGUGACUACUUUACCCAGAGUUCAACACUGGCUCAGGCACAUCUACGAGUGGGUUUGUAAAUAUCCUCGGAGUGCGCUCUACUACACUCACACACUUUUAAUGUACAUAUUCUGAGUAGUGUUGGGAUGUCAAAUAGCAUUUACGAACGCACCUUAUGGGCACCUCCGCAACCAUAGGCGCCGCCAUAUUUGCUUCUAUUAGCGGUGUUCGCGCUGCCUUAAGAUUCGCUCACUGCUUUGCCAUAUUAGUAAAAUGAGAAAAAGAAAAACAAUAGAAGUGCGCGUGCCUACAUCAUGUUGCAUGAUGAAGCUUCUCCCGAUUAGUUUGGAUGGAUUCUUCUGUAAAUUGCCAAGCAAAAUAGUUUUGUAGACUUCAGAAUUCAUUCUGCGGCUACCAUCAUGAGUUACAUCAUAAAUAAAGAUGAGUGAGCCUGUUCCAGAAGCAGCCAUACUAGCCCAAGCCAUGACAUUACCUCCUUUCUUUCUCCAUACUUUGGGCUUUACAUCACUUUUGUAGAGGUUAAUCUUGGUCUCAACAGUCCAUAAAACUUUGUUCUAAAACGUUUGUGGCUCAUCUCUCUACUACUUUGCAAAAUCCAAUCUGGCCUUCCGAUUGUUUUUGCUGAUGAGUGGUUUGCAUUUUGUGGUAUGGCCUCUAUAUUUCUUUUCUCAAAGUCUUCUUCAAACAGUUGAUUGUGAUACCUUCACCCCUGCCCUGUGGAGGUUUGCAAACCAUUUUGUCUGGCAACUACAAGAAAAAUGCAUCCAAACUAAUCGGGAGAAGCUUCAUCAUGCAACAUGACAAUGACCCAAAACACACUGCCAACACAAGAAAAGGACUUGAUCGGGGGGGAAAGUGUAAGGUCUUAGACUGGCCAAGUCAGUCACCGGACUUUAACCCAAGAGAGCACACAUUUUACCUCCUGAAGGGGAGACUGAAGAAAGAACCCCGCAGAAACAAACAAGAACUGAAAGAGGCUGCAGUAAAGGCCUGGAAAAGCAUUUCAAAUGAAGACUGCAACAUUGUGGUGACGUCAAUGUGUCGCAGGCUUGAUUCAGUUAUUGCAAGUAAGGGCUAUGCCACCAAAUAUUCAGUGUUAUUCAGUUUUAAGUAAAUUUAAUAAUGUCUGUUCUAAUACUUUUGCUCACUUGAAAAGUGGGUGGCUUUAAACAAAAGGUGCUCUGUCCUGAGUUGUUUCACACAUCUAGAUGUAAAUACCAUGAAAUAAAAGCUGGAAUUCUGAACUUUUGUCUCAUAUUCAUCUUCUGAUCUGAAACACAAAUGUCUUCAGUAUACAACAAAAACAAAGGAAUUGACCUUGCCAUACCAAUACUUUUAGAAUGGACUGUGUGUGUGUGUGUGUGUGUUUUUGUGUGUAUAUGCAGUGUUCCCUCGCCACUUUGCGCUUCACCUUUUGCAG